AUGGUUGUAUUGCACGUAUGCAUUGCAUGUAUAUUAAAUACACAUAUAAUAUAUAAUCGUUGUAUAUAAAUAGAAUACAUAUUUUUGUUGAGAUACUAAACCUACCGAUAUUAUGUUUAUUGACAUACAUCCACGUGUUUUCUCUAUGGAUCUAAAAAGAAUUAUUUAUUUAUAAAUGCUUAAUUAUCUUUUUUUUCUUGUUUAGUACUGUAUGAGUAGCUUAGUUUAUAAAACAUUUUAUCUGAUACGAAAUGUCCUAAAUAUUAAACUUGAUUAUAUUGGACCGCUUAGAGAUAGUGCUUAUGGAAUAGCAUGUUAGAUCUGAGACAUGACAAAUAUCAAAAGAGAUAGUGGAUGGAGUUGGUUAGUGUUGUUUUGUGUGGUUUGUUGUCAAGUUGUACUUGGAGGGAUUUGCUUAUCGGGUGGAAUAUUUUACAUAGAGUUCACGAAUGCAUUCGGUGACAAACCCGUGGAAACAUCCUGGUUGUGUUCACUUCCUAUCACCAUGUGGUUUAUUUCAUCACCGAUAGGAAGUGUAUUGACAAAUCGCUAUGGCUGUCGUGUUUGUUCGUUUGUGGGAGGCAUUCUAGCAGCACUGGGACUUUCCCUGAGUUACUUCGCUACAAGUUUAACAUACCUUUUCUUUUCACACGGUUUUCUAACAGGUCUUGGACUGGGUAUUAACUAUAAUGGAUGUAUGUCGGCAUUGAACGUUUACUUUGACAAAUACAAGACUUUAGCUGCUGGUAUUGCAUCAAUUGGUCACAAUCUUGGUCUUGUGAUAUUUGCUGAUUUGAUUUCUUUCUUGGUUGAACACUUUGCCUUGAAAGGAAUGUUCCUUGUCCUUAGCGGAUUAACAUUCAAUCUAUGCGCAUGCGCAAUGGUAAUGUUCCCGAUAAGUGUUGAAAAAUAUGCUCAAACAGAUCAUUUUAGAACCGCAACUGUGAUGAAAACUUCUAAAAGGAAUUUUAUAAACUUUUCUCGGUUUUUCUGUGUGGAAGUAAUGUGUUUGUUAACUUAA